UUAAAUUCCCUUCCCCUGGACCUGGACCUGGUGUCAUCCGUGUCAACUUGAAGACAACAGGAAAAGAGCAAGCGCGGUCUUUAUGCAAGGAGCUCAUGCAGUCAUACUAGCCGCAACUAUGGUCAGAGUAUUUUGCGAAAACUUUCCAACUCUUUGAACAUCCCGCAAAUUUACUGUGUUCACUUGGCUGACAGUGAUGGACUUAUUCCUGUGCCUAAGGUCACAUAUUACCCAUCACAAGUCAUCCUCCAUCCACCCGUCAAACAGAUUGGCAUCCGCAGAUAGUUUUCGUGAGAUGAUUACAUUCCUCCGCAGCACGGCCUUCGCAAACCCUAAUGACUGGGAUUGACAGUUUAUCACCAUACAACUACACGGGGCGAGCCGAGGACGAGCACGCCACACGGUGAUGGUCAAGGAACCAGGGGAUUCAUUUCGAGAAGACAGGUGGAAUUAAUAAGAAGCUCUGCUAGAUAAAGCAGAAACUAUUUUCAUCUUUUCUCCCCCAGUCACUCUCUUUUUCAUUCUCUCCCCUCUAACCACUUCAUUGCGGUGUAGAAUCUUUGGGAUUCUCCGGCACGAUGGCUUCUACCAGUUCACCUUUUUCUGACCCAGAUCCUUUCUCUACGCCCAUUUCCACCCCCAACCGUAGCCGAAGUUCCACACUGACAGGCAAAGACAAAGCCAAGUCCAUACCCGACUCUCCUUCUAAUCCUACCAGUUCCUUGAAGACCAAUGUCAGUGAUUCCGAACCUGAAGCCUCUGGCCACUCCAACGGGCAACGACGCGAGCUUGCUCCUGCGGAUGUCGAGGCCACUCUAGCUUCAGCUACCUCGUUCGCCGUUCUUCCUAAUCGUCGGGUGGUAACCGGAUUGAAUGGUUCUCCUCGAGAGCGGAAUCAUCAUAGAUCAUUUUUGGGCCCAAACUCAUCAUUCAUCAUGCCACCCUCUCCAACUUCCCCUACUCAUGCUCAUUCUCCGUACUCCGUUUAUUCGAGCAUAAGUUCUGAGCCCAGUUCAGUCGUGAACACAGCAGCAAAUUCACCUUUGAUCAGUGGAACAGGGUUACCGAUCCAGUCAGACUCUCGUCCGAUUUCGAGGGCUGUUUCUACUUAUAACCUAGUAGGCUCAACGCCUGUACUCCGACAACGACCUCGGAUGCGUUCCCAUCUUCUUCCUGCGCUCAUGCACCGAUCCGCCGCUGGGGCGACCAAUAAUCCAUAUAUGUCCGACGCACCCGAAGCGAAAGUUGGUUCAGGGAAGGGUGGUUCCCAUCUUGUCUCAAAACCCUGGCUUCUAUCGCCUUCUCCGCGAGUGAGGGUGUCUUACUGGCUUGUCUAUGGUUGUGUAUUACUUGGGUUCUUAGGAGGCGUAGCGCAAUGCAUUGUAACCUAUCUCAACGUUUCCCGGAACCGAUUAGACAACGCCCCAAUGUGUUUGGUUUUGGAUGAAGAUUUCUCGAAUGCUGAAAAGGCUCUCGGUCCAAAGGGCACCUUCCAGCAUGAAAUUUCUCUGAGUGGAUUUGGGAACGGCCAGUUCGACAUGGCGACUGGUUCCAGUAAAAAUUCUUGGGUGGAUGAGCAAAAAGGAUGGCUCUACAUACAGCCAACUUUGACUGCUGAUGAAAAUCUCGGAGGAGACAAAGGUGUCGUCGGCUGGGACGGAGUCUUCGCGAAUAAACCCGAUGGCCUAUACGUCUAUAAUCUUACGGACUGCACGUUCAACGAUACGGCCAAGGACGGAGGAUUCAUUGACGAUCCUAAGAAUCCAGGACAGAAGGUUUAUGACUUGCAAGGCUAUCUAAAUACUUGCUCUGCUGUAGCGAAUUCGACCUCUGGUAACAUCUUACCCCCAGUGCAAUCGGCACGCCUCACAACACGAAAAGCUGCUUCAAUCAAACAUGGACGAGUCGAAGUUAGAGCGAGGAUGCCCAGAGGGGACUGGCUCUGGCCUGCUAUUUGGAUGCUUCCCACCAAUAACGUCUAUGGUGACUGGCCCCGCUCAGGAGAGAUAGAUAUUGUUGAGAGUAGGGGUAACGGCUUAAAAUAUACAGCCAGAGGGAGAAACUACAUACAAGGCGCUCUCAACUGGGGCCCGACCCCUCAACUCAACGCCGUGGGCAAAUCCUACUCGUGGUGGAGCGACAAACGCGUCGGUUACGAUGAAGACUUCCAUACAUACGUCUUGGAAUGGACCGAAAAAUGGAUCCGAAUCUACGUCGACACUCGUUUACACACUCUUCUCGAGUUCAAAUUCCCAACUAAGCCGGGUGGUUUGUUUAAAUUCGCCGAUUUCCCUGAGAACAUUGUCAAUUCUACCACUGGGCAGUUAGGUCCUUUAAUGGACCCGUGGCAAGGAAAUAGUGCGGGUCCAUUCGACGAGGACUUCUAUCUGAUUCUUAAUGUUGCCGUUGGUGGGACUAAUGGGUGGUUCCCUGAAGUUCAAGGGGACAAACCCUGGUUGAAUCAGGCCGGGCAAGAGAGGGCGAUGAAAGACUUUGCGUUGGCAAGGGACAGGUGGUUACCAAGCUGGUUAGGACAAACUGAGAAGAAUAGCAACUGGGGUGAUAAGAGUGGUGCGAUGGUUGUUGAUAGUGUGAAGAUGUGGAAGCAUUGCUAACUUCGUUUAAUUAUUUACGCUCGUUUCGUAUCGGACUAUGACAGAACUUUCGCUAUUUGUUGUACCUAAUUCUCAAAUCGAAAACCCUAAUAAUAGUGUGAAU